AGAGAGAGAGAGAGAGAGAGAGAGAGAGAGAAGAUAGGAAUCGAGAAAUGGCUGCUUUCGUCGGGCUGUAGUCUAUAAUUAGAAGAGGCCAGUGUACGAAUAUACAUAUACGCGAAUUGCACUUGCACGUCGCGUAAAGUUGGCACAGCUCGAUGCUCAUGUUUUCGAUUCCUCGAUCUCUCCGAGAUUUCCCUUAAAGAAGUGUAGAGAAGGAGAAGGACGGUUGCACGAUGACGAAAUAUCUAAUGGAAUUUAUAUAUCUUUCGCGCGUUUAGUUUCGAAGAAUAUUCGAUUCGUUAACUCGUACGUUCCAGAGAUUCCUCCGAUUUUCCUCUAGCCUCUUGAAACGAAUCAAUACCACCCACCUUCCUUUGCGAUGCGUGAAUGGGUGCCCCCUACCCAUCCGCCUUCUACUCGUCUUUCCUAACAACACGGAAAUUUUGACGUUCGUUUCGUUGUCCUCGAAUCUCUCGUGCAUUACAUUCGCGCGCGCGCUCGUUCAAUGUCUCCUUUUAAAUAUUUCAUAACGUAGUACAUAACGCAGCGCAUACGUAUAAAUAUUUAUCGCAAACCAAAAGUCCCGUCCGAUCGAUACCGCCAACGGGCGCUGCGAGUAACGCGUAUACUGCCAAUUCGCCGACAUAAUCGUAAUUUAAUGUGAAAAGUGAGAAUCGUAAUGAAAACGAGAUGCGGUCGACGUCGGAUAUUUUUCUCUUCUCGAUGGAUUUUGAGUGGACAUUAAGUGGAUGUAUAAAAACGAGAAAAGUUAUGUCGCUCCUAAGGAACAAUAACUAAACGACAAAGCGACGGACGACGGAUCGUCUACGGAUUAGCGGGCCGGUGUUUAAUUUCUACCUAAUGAGAUAAGAGUAACCAAUCGAUAUACAGCGCACGCUUUUAACUUUCAAGUGUUACGCUUGAAACGACGUUUCAACAAGUAGUACACGAUGAGAUCGCUAAAGGCUCGACGAGAUGGGCAAAGAAAAAAUACAUAUUAACAUCGUAGUGAUCGGUCACGUAGAUUCCGGAAAGUCAACGACAACGGGUCAUCUGAUCUACAAAUGCGGUGGCAUCGACAAGCGUACGAUCGAAAAAUUCGAGAAAGAGGCCCAAGAGAUGGGCAAAGGCUCGUUCAAGUACGCCUGGGUUUUGGACAAGCUGAAAGCCGAGCGCGAGCGCGGUAUCACCAUCGACAUCGCCCUUUGGAAAUUCGAGACUGCCAAGUACUACGUGACGAUCAUCGAUGCGCCUGGUCACCGUGAUUUCAUCAAGAAUAUGAUCACCGGUACGAGUCAGGCCGAUUGCGCGGUCCUUAUCGUAGCCGCCGGUAUCGGCGAGUUCGAGGCUGGAAUUUCAAAGAACGGUCAGACGCGCGAACACGCCUUGCUCGCUUUCACUCUCGGCGUCAAGCAGCUGAUCGUCGGCGUCAACAAAAUGGACAUGACCGAUCCACCGUACUCGGAGAGUCGCUUCGAAGAAAUCAAAAAGGAGGUGUCGUCUUACAUCAAGAAGAUCGGAUACAACACGGCAUCGGUCGCGUUCGUCCCGAUCUCUGGCUGGCACGGUGACAACAUGCUCGAGCCGUCACCGAAAACGAUCUGGUACAAGGGUUGGAAAGUCGAACGUAAGGACGGCAACGCCGACGGCAAGACUCUGAUCGAAGCGCUCGACGCCAUAUUACCGCCGUCCAGACCGACCGACAAGGCGCUUCGUCUGCCUCUUCAGGACGUCUAUAAGAUCGGUGGUAUCGGCACCGUGCCCGUUGGUCGCGUCGAGACCGGCAUCCUUAAACCAGGUAUGCUGGUGACCUUCGCUCCGGCUGCACUAACCACCGAAGUGAAAUCCGUCGAGAUGCAUCACGAGGCCUUGACGGAGGCCCUACCAGGCGACAACGUUGGCUUCAACGUGAAGAACAUCUCGGUGAAGGAGUUGAGGCGCGGCUACGUUGCCGGCGAUUCGAAAAAUCAGCCGCCUCGCGGCGCGGCCGACUUCACCGCUCAGGUCAUCGUCCUGAAUCAUCCCGGACAGAUCAGCAACGGUUACACGCCCGUCCUCGACUGUCACACCGCUCACAUCGCCUGCAAGUUUGCCGAGAUAAAGGAGAAAUGCGACCGUCGUACCGGUAAAACCACCGAAGAGAAUCCAAGAAGUAUAAAGAGCGGGGACGCGGCCAUCGUGAUGUUGCAGCCGACCAAGCCGAUGUGCGUCGAGGCUUUCCAAGAGUUCCCGCCUCUUGGUCGUUUCGCCGUCCGCGAUAUGCGUCAGACCGUGGCCGUGGGCGUGAUCAAGAGCGUCACCUUCAAAGACACCCAGGGCAAGGUCACAAAGGCCGCGGAGAAAGCCCAGAAGAAAAAGUAACCAUCAAGCUUCCUCGGAAGCUCCAAGUUCGCUGGUCUGUCCUCCGUGGUGGUCAUCGAUGCCACCGCCAGGGUCUAUUACUCCAGCAAGGCGCAGUUCUCCACGGCUGCUCCGUUUGAUCCUCACUCGAUAAAUACCAAAAGGGAAAAGAUGUUGUGCUUACCCCCGUUACAUUAUCCAGUAGUAUUGAAUCCGCGAAUUUAUCCGAACCUGCACAUACAAUUUACCCAUGCCCCGCGCACGCCCCACAUAUGCUAGGGUUAAUUGCGUUUUUACUUCAUUAUUACAUCGACGAUAUGUGUCCAUUUACAGGUAAUUACUCGGUUUCCUUGGACUCUGUGUAGUUAGGUUUUUAAAUUAAUAUAUUAAAAGAAAUACUCACGGGAUGCGUCGUUAUCGGUCAAAUUGCGGCCAACCAUUCGGCGCUACGUACGAGGCAGCGUGGCUCGACGGUCGACCUCGACCUCGACUUCGAACGACGACGACGACGACGACGACGACGACGACGACGACAAUGACAAAGACAAAAAGGAGAAUCGUGCAACUUGGAGGAGAAGAUAACUCGAACCUUUCUUGCUCCAUGUCUUUUCUCACUCUAUCCUCCAUCGAACGAGCGUUUUUGCAAAGAAACAAGAAAGGAUGAUACUGCCGCGAUAAUGCAAUUUGACUUUCGUUUACCGUUAACAGAAAUUCAUAACAUCGCUUAGAGAGCCCACGCUGCCUCGCAUCCCCGUACUUUUUAAUCGAUUAGUUUCGAAGAAUUCGUUAAGGCUGAUUUGUUCGAAGACUUGGUUGCCUCGCUGCAAUUAAUUUUACUACUUGUAUAAGGAUAUCUAUAUAGUUGGUAGGAUAUUAGAACUGUGCUCCGUCAUCUAUUAUCUCUCUCUCUCUCUACACACUUCUCUAUACUUAUCUCUCGUGAUUCGCGGUUUGGCUCGACUUGAAACAAGAUCGACAACUAGACAAUUUUCGAUAGCGCGAGUCUCCUUGCGAAAUCAUCACCGUCGAUAUCGGUCGGUAUUGUAUUCCUUCACCGCUCCAUCUUCUUCGUCAUUCCCCAUCUAAUUCCAUAUCCUCAUAGACGCGUUCUAUGAUUGUUUUGCCCCUUAGCCAGUAUUAUGUUGAUGUAAUAAAACAAAAUUUAAUUGCA